GACACGAAGUUUCAGCACAUCCUGGAUGACUUUUACGAUUUCCGUUCGCGGGAAUUUCCCGAAUUCGCUACUUUUGUCGGUCACCAUAACUACGACGACGCUCUGGAGUCAUUCACGCUUGAAGCAUUUGAGAGAAGAAAAAAUGAAACGGAAAAGUUUCUGGGUAGAGUGAAAAACUUGGACACCCAGCAAAUGUCAAAGUUCAACCAGCGAGAGCGGGGAGUUCUGAUUUCGUUUCUGCAAACCUUCGUAGAGGGUUAUAGAUGGCACGACUAUGGGACUUUGAGUUCUAUCAACUUUCUAGAAGGCCUGGCCAAAGGUCCACAGUGGACACUCUACUCCAGGCUCGAGACGGAGCAGGACUUUGACAAUUAUCUCAAGCGGUUGGCAGCCUUUCCUCAACAAGUCAGUGAGCAGAUUGAGCUGAUGAAGCGAGCUAUCAAACUGGGCAGUUCCAGCCAUAUUGUAUCUGUGGACUACAUGGAGAACACCAGGAAACAGGCUGGAGUUCACUCCCUUCCCCAGGGACUGCAAUAUUACCAGGCUUGUCUCAAGUGGUACGUGGGCUUCGACAUCACUGCUGAAGAGGUCUUUGAACUUGGAGUGAAGGAGGUGGCUAGGAUAGAGAAGAAAAUUAAAGAGGUGAUGUCAAGUGUUGGGUUCUUGGGAGAUCUGAAGUCAUUCUUUAAACACAUUGAAACCAUUCCUCAGUUUUAUAAUCAUACAAAGAACCAGAUUUUGGAAAAGUACAGAACUAUACUUGAAGUAGACAUCUUGCCACGGUUGGAUAUACUGUUUUAUAAUCUUACAAUUUCACCUAUCACAGUGGUUCCAGUCGACCGAGAUGGCCCAUGGGGUUCUUAUGGUCUCAGCAUGUUUUAUGUCAAUCUGAAAGAACCAAUGAAGAGGUCCACCUUCACAAUGAUGCCGUUGACCUUGCAUGAGGCCUAUCCCGGCCAUCACUUCCAAGACUUCUAUUCCCAACACUUUGACAUUCCCCUGUAUCGAGCACAGCCAAUGAAUGGCCGCCUCUACAGCGUCCCCUUUCACUUCCCAGUCUACAGUGCUUACGCUGAAGGUUGGGCUCUCUACUCUGAAUAUCUAGGUCAUGAACUUGGCCUCUACCAGGAUCCUUAUGAACUGUUUGGAAGAUAUGUCUCAGAAAUCUUUAGGGCAUGCCGGCUUGUUGUUGACACUGGAAUUCAUGCUUUUGGAUGGUCAAGAGAGCGAGCUAUUGAAUUUCUGAGUGGCUACAGUGAUUUCCCCUUGAGCCAGAUUGCUGCAGAAGUAGACAGGUAUAUCACAGCACCAGGUCAGGCAUGCUCUUACAAAGUUGGCGAGAUGAAGAUUAAGAACAUUAGAGCAAAGGCUGAGAAAGCUUUGGGUCCUCUGUUUGACGUCAAGGAAUUCCAUCAUCAGAUCCUCAAGACUGGCUUUGUACCCUUGGAUGUCCUUGAGGAGGUGGUAGACGAGUGGGUCCAGCAGAAACUACUCUCAGACUCUCCUGUGACCGCUGACUAUUUCAGUGACCUGGACACACCCCACUCAGGACAGAUCCUCCCUCUUGUUGCCAUCGUGUUAUUGUUGUGUUGUUUACAGGUGUCUUACUUGACACACAUACUCAGGUAG